AGUCAGAGAGCCUUCAGCGGUACUGCCUGCAUUGGCUAGCUGCAUGCUCAUAACACAUCGUUGUCUGGGGCAAGAGGGCAGCAGGCCAUGCAUGAACACACAGACAGACAAGGGGAGAUAAUGGUGCUCAGUUACUCUUAGGAACUGGAGAGAGUUCAUCUGUCCAUGUUUUCACUGCCAGACAGUCUCUGUCUUUGAAAACAGAACGCCCUGAGACUCCUGUUUGCCUGCUCGUAUUCCAAGUUUUUGAUUCAUCUCAACCCAUUUUUUUUUCCCAAAACAUGGGGUGCUCCUCAUCCAGUGCACAGACCGUUGAUCAAGAGAAAAGACCAGGCACAAAGCCUGAGGAGAGCAAUGGAGACACAGUGGCAGUCAAAAAUGGCAUCAUCGCAGAAGAUGCUCAAACCAUCGAGGACCAGAUGCAGCUUCCUGUGCAGACUGCGUUACCAGAUGAUCUUCAAAGGGGAACUGAUGAUGAAGCUGAGGCUGUGUUAGUGGCCCUGGAGGCCCAAGAGGACCUUGGCUCUGGGGAGGACCUUCUAGCUGCUUCUGAACCAAAGGAAGAAUCUGGUACCACUGAAGAGACAGCACCAGAGGCUCCUGCUGAGUCUGAAGCUGCUGUAGCAGUGGUGGAGGCACUACCCCCAGUUGAAGAAGCCGCCCCUGUAGAAACUGUAGAGGCAGAAGCCCCUCCUGAGGUCGAAACCCUUGUUGAGGCUACAAAGGAGGCCCCUGAUGUUGAAUCAGCUGAAGCAGUGCAGGCAGAGGCCCCUGUUGUUGUUGAGGAGGUGGUUGCAGUACCCGUCGCUGAACCUGUUGUAUCUGAGCCAACGGUGAACCCAGUUGUUGUGGAAGAGGCUGUAGCUCCCGCUGAAGUGGCUGCACCUGCACAGGUUCCAACUGACAAUUCUGAACCAGAGGCUGCUUUAUCAACACCAACUGAAGCUUUGACAAAAACACAGAGUGAGUCCUCAGCACCAGGUGAAGUUUCAGAACCAACUGAAGCUGCACCACCAGCUGAACCGUCAGUGCCUGUUGAAGCUGCAGAAUCGGUAAUAGACACAGAGAUUGCUGCUGCAACUAUCCCAGAGAUGCCACCAUUAUCUUCUGUCACAGAUGAAGCAAAAGCUGAGCCACAGCUUGCUGCUGAGGAGGCAACAGAACCUCCUCCAGCUCCUGCUGAGGCUCCAGCAGAGGCUCCAGCAGAGGCUCCUAGCUUCACAGAGCCCACCCCUGUUCCGGCUACAGGAGCUGAAUCUGCUGCUACUGAACCGGUCCAGGACGCAGAGGUUCCAGCUCCUACUCCAACUGUUUCAGAAAUCUCUUCUGAGGUAACCUUAGAAGCUCCACCAGCCUGUGUGACCCUAGAGUCCACUGCAGACAGUGCAGCACCAGUAGAGGCUCCUGCAGUUGAGCCCACCCCAACAGAAACUGAAGCACCCGCAGCACCAGCCCCUGCUACUGAUCCAGCUCCUGAACAUUCACCAGUGGAGUCUGCAGGUGAGGCCUCUCAGGAUACAGAGGGUGAGGAAGCCAAAAAGAAGGAUUGAGUUGAAAGGAAAAAUAAAACUCCCAGACCUACCGUUGUAAAACAUGUGGAAGGAAGACAAGACGAAGCAAACAGAAGAAAAACCCACUGGAUUUUUAGCAUUGUCUCAUCAACACUCACCAAAAACUGUAGGCCACAUUUGCUAAUGUUCACUGUGCCUUAAAGAUGUUUCUUAGAAAUAUUCCUGUUAUUUGUAGAUAAAACUUUACAGUGGAGGAAGAGGAGUACAUUUUUUAAAUGGGACAUCAAGUCCCUCCCUGGAACCGCAUACUACACGUGGCCUCUAUACUGAAAGCGCUGUGACGAGAGGGUGCAAUACUCUGUAAAAUCUGUGAACUCUUGUUAGUAACUCUUCAGAAUGUGGAGUGGCAGUGUGGAUGCUUGACUCUUUAAAGUAGCUGCUUCCGAGGAAUAAAAGCCAAAUACAGCUGUGAAUAAAAUUAUGCAAAGGGCUCAAAAUGACAGGAAUACCAACCUGGAAUGGCAACGUACACACUAGCUAGGGUUCCACUGCUAACUUAAUUAUACUUAAGCUGCAUGAAACUUUUUUUUUUUUUUUUUUUUAAAGGUCACUGUUUAAUAGGUUGAACUUCAAGUUUUCAGAAAUAUAAUUCAGCCAUAAACCACAUUUUAUUUUGUUAAUUGUUUGCACAUUAAUUGCAGCCUUUCAAAUGAGGGUCAUUUAAUUAACAGGAAGGACAGUAAUAAGUGUUGAGUAACGGCACACAGUUUCAAUACGGAGAUUCAUUUCAGCAUCGGUUUACAUUCAAUAGUUUUUUGCUUAAAUGGGGAAAGAUUACAUAUGCAAAGGAUUAUUACUCAUAUAAUCAGUCAUUACCAGGUUAAGGAUACAGAUGAUGCCAUCUUGCUGUUCUGUGAAGCCAUUUUGUAGUUGUAUUGUAGCUGGCAGGUGUGCAUGAACUUCUCUUCCAACAGAAGGAACUGUGGGGGUAACACUGAUGUCAUAUGCUUGUCAGUUUUAGAUCGAGUGCAUUACAUCACCUAGUGGGCAGGAAAUGUAACUAAUUAUUUCUACAAGCUGAGUUAAAAAGUGUAAAGGCAUUAGAAAAUGAUUGCAAUCUCAUAAGAUGUGAUGGAUGUUUUGGGAACAAAUUUUGUUUUGAUCUUUUUCCAUUUACUUCUCACUCCCUGUAAUAUAUUCAUCCUCUGAACUUUGUCUAUGAAUCUGCUAACCUGUUAGUGUACAGAAUAAAGUUUCACUCACUAA